CCGCUCAUCUCCGGAUCAGUACGAGCUGUGUCGAAUCUCAUCUCUGAUCAACACCCCCGUCAUCAGACAUGUCUGUGGCCAACGACUUCGGAAACCCUUUAAGAAAAUUCAAGCUGGUGUUUCUGGGCGAGCAGAGCGUGGGGAAGACGUCCCUGAUCACGCGCUUCAUGUACGACAGCUUCGACAACACGUAUCAGGCGACGAUUGGAAUAGACUUUCUAUCUAAGACCAUGUAUCUGGAGGACAGAACGGUUCGGUUGCAGUUGUGGGACACCGCAGGACAGGAGCGCUUCAGGAGCCUCAUUCCCAGCUACAUACGAGACUCCACCGUGGCUGUAGUGGUGUACGACAUUACGAAUGUGAAUUCUUUUAAGCAGACCUCUAAAUGGAUUGAUGAUGUCAGAACAGAGCGAGGUAGUGAUGUCAUCAUCAUGCUGGUGGGGAACAAAACAGAUCUGGCGGAUAAGAGGCAGAUCACGAUCGAGGAGGGCGAGCAGCGGGCGAAGGAGCUCAGCGUGAUGUUUAUCGAGACCAGUGCCAAGACGGGCUACAACGUCAAGCAGCUGUUUCGACGUGUGGCCGCCGCCCUUCCUGGCAUGGAGAGCAUGCAGGACACGAGCAAAGAGGGCAUGAUCGACAUCAAGCUGGACAAACCGCAGGAGCCGAGCACCACCGAGGGAGGAUGUUCCUGUUAAUGCGCUUCACCCCAUCACACACCUUCAUUCACACCACGUUGCUUGUUGUGUUGCUUCCUGUUGGUCUGUUUUCACUUCGGUUUUCCAGAUUGGACACACAGCGCUCGUCCCGCGAUCGGAAACAGUGUUCGGCCCGUCUCAGCUGUAAUAUAGUGACUUUAUUAACAAAAUCGCCAAAAAAAAAAGUUAAAAAUUUAAAAAUCAAGUCCAAAUUUUUACGGAAGGAAAAAUCUAGAACGAGGGAUGUUUGUUUUACCUUUUUUUGUAUUAUUAUCAUUAUUUUUGUAUAUUUAAAUGUUUAAACUGCUAGAACGGAGACGAUUCUAACAGACAGCAGGUAUCGAGAGGUCCAGACGUAGACGAGAAGCCGAUAAAUUAUUACUGCACUAGUGAAACUACAAAAAGUAAACAAAAGCAAGCAAGCGUGCAUGCAAGACCUUUACUUAGUCAUUGUCGUUUUUAGUUUUGUGUUUGUGUUUUAUUUAAUUUGACACGAUCCUGCCGUUAUCCGCCGGCGUAUGUGUACACACACUUUACACACGUAUGUGAACACUUACUUACACUGUGUGGAAACUUCACGUCGAGUGUUUUAAUGUACUUCAGUGGCGCUGUACAGGAUCCAGCCUCGGAUAUCCCGAUCCGGAAGCUUUCAGAAGUGCAUCCUCGUAAAAUAUCCGGGAGUUGUGGUGCAUUCCUAAACAUACACACAAUUUUCUGGUCUUCUGGUGUUUUCUCAAAUUUAUUCGAUUGUUUAGUCUUAGUCUUUCUACUGUAGAAACGUUAUCUGUCAUGGAGGCUCAGUUAAAGGUUAAAGCUACAGUACGUACGUUAGUUUGAAUCUGCUGCAGUUACGACCUCUGCUGGCCGAUCGAUAGCGCUGCACAGAGACGGGGGAUAAUAGGGAUCAGUGCUUGCUGGGCUUCUGUCAGUCACGAUCAGGAGUUUGGGUUGAAAUGCAUUAAAAUCUUCGCGACUAUUUGAUUAAUGCAUGAAUGUAAAUUUAAUUCCUUCCUGUGAGCACCAGAUGAUUCGACACUGGACGACGGAUGCUUCAAAGCGUUCUCGCUAGUCCGUAUUUUUGCCAGUGAUGACAGAUUCAAUUCAGUUCACUUUUAGGUCACGGUUAUCUGCUGUAGAUGUCAAAAGUAGAAGAUGUCGCCACAUUUUCAUCACCGUAACUCGCUGUUGAUGUACAGAAGGCACAGGUAAAGGUUAAAGCUACAGUACAGUACGUUAGUUUGAAUCUGCUGCAGUUACGACCUCUGCUGGCCGAUCGAUAGCGCUGCACAGAGACGGGGAUAAUAGGGAUCAGUGCACGAUACGGAUCUCCGUGCGGGUGAAAAGAAACGGUCGGUACUGCACACGUGUCUGAAGGGGGCGUGUGGAAAAUGCAUUAAAAUCUUCGGUACUAUUUGAUUAAUGCAUGAAUGUAAAUUUGUGCCUAGGCGAUUUUUGCCCUGAUUUUCGCUCGUCGACAGGUCGCCGCUAGAUGUGAGCAACUCUGCGUUCGCUCGGGGCUCGAAAAUCAUCUCUCGAUCGCUGUGUGUGAACUGUUUAGCUCGCAGACUUGAGAAAAAUAUCCAGCAUGUUAAAUAUCUGGACUUGUCAACGACUCCAAAUCAUGUCGUGUGAAAGGUGUGGCGAUCAGGUUGAUUGUUGUGAACGUAAAAUACAGAAGAGAAACCACAGGGGGAGGAGGAGGGGUGUAAAUAUGUGGAACAGGGGCGUAAUAUAACGGCACACACUAUAAAGCUUUACAGUAUUUGUGACCUUAUCGUCCAUGCCGAACCAUCAUACCAACAUCUCCUUCACUCGGAUUCAUUUAUUUUUCCUCUUUGCUUUUACGCUGCACAUCAGCGCACAAACUUUGAUCGCUCGCUUCUUGUUGACGUGCAUUUUUGGACGGGGUGUCAUUAAACCCCUCGUCACUUCUCACGUGUGUUUUCGUGACUUCAGGAGAUUCGCCAGACCAGUGCGAGAUUCCUCCCGGUGAUAGACGGUGUAGUGUGUGACCCCCUAUCGCCGAUCAGUCGUGUAGUGUGAAAACCACGACGACUUAAAAGACUCCCGAUUACCCCAGCGGGAUAUUCCGCUAGCACACCAGCACCGGUCGGCUGGGCGCCAUCUGGCGGGCAUAAUUGGCAGUGCCUGCAGCAGACACUAAUCGGCCACCGUAUCUGCAGGGUGGGGGCCAGAUUAUGUAUGUGUGGGUGGGUGGGUCUUCAUACGCUGUGUAAGGAUCCUGAUUGGCGGAAUGCAUGGGUGAGAAGAGGCGUGUACAGCGACGUGCUCUCCUCGGAUGCAAUCUGGUAUCUCUCAGCAGCGGAGGUCCAGUCGUGUAGUGUGAACUUGGUCCGUGGUGCAAAACAGGUUGGGGACCACCGGUGUAGAGCGCAGAUCCAAGAACGUAGAUCCAAGAACCGUCUUUAGUGCUGCUCAAUCUCUUAAUGCAAUUCUGAUUCAAUUACAGACGCCAAUAUUCUGAUUUAAGUGCGCUGCAGAAGCUCUGAUUGCUUUUACUGACCACAAAAAAGAGAAGUGGUUGUUAUUAAAUCAGUUAAACGCUCUGUGAUACUUCUGUGCUGCCUACUGAUUGUCUAAAGGCACUAAAACCGAGAGCCUCGUGCUACACAUACACACGUGACGGUAUUUAUUUGUUGCUUAAUGAACUAAUGAACCGUUUCGGUUUGAUUGUUUACAUUCGUUUACUUGAACACAUUCGUUAGUUUCGUUCUUCCGUAUAAUCCACGAUGUAGAGAGAUUGGACUCCUGCACUGGCAUGAUCCGAAUGUAUAUAAACAGUAAUCCGGCGUUCAUGAGGUGUGUACCAUUCUUCUGUUGGCACGUCGCUCACUACACACCAUCACUGGCACUGUGUGUGUGUGUGUGUGUACGUUGGGUCUUGUUUGGGAGGGUCUCACUCCUGGUGUAAAUGUUCCUAAAGCGAGUCUGAUUGAUUCAGCGCUCGAUUCUUCAUUCACAUUGUACAGCGAUCUAGCAUGUCUGUCUAAACUAGUACCAACCAAUAAAAAAUCUUAUUACCUAA